AUGUACGAUGGACGCAUCGAACAGCUACGCAUUCUUUCGGACCGCGAAAGAAAGACGAGCGAAGCAGAAAAGUUGAGGCAACUCUUCGCAGGAAGCACCACUGAGAGUGAGGAUACUCUCAGUGCCAAGACGAAGAAGGAGCGCUUCGAGGAGCAGAGUUGGGACUCACUGAAGUCGAGUCCCUAUUACGAGAUUCUGCGGGAGCAAAGGGACGUGCUCCUGGACGAGAUCCCUGUGGAGCUUCCGCAGGACAACGGAAUACAGCACGUGAUUGAUCUUGUGGCGGGAAUGAAGUAUUGCGCAAUCGACGAGAUCUUCGAAAGUCGUCGCAAGGCAGGACAAGUGAGGGAAUCGAAGUCCCUGCACAGCGCACCAACGUUCUGUGUCAAGAAGCCACAGGGUGGUUGGCGCAUCGUUCAUGCGUAUAAUAAACUGAACGAUGCGACGAUACCGGUGCAGACGCCGAUACCUCGAAAAGAUGUCAUCAUCGAUUCGAUGUCCAAGAGCACCAUCCACAGUGCUUAUGAUCUGAGAGACGGGUUCUAUCAGAUCCUCAUCCGUGAGAGCGAUAUCCUUCUAACGGCGUUAAGCACCCCAAACGGUAUGCUGUGGGAGUGGCUAGUUAUGCCACAAGGACUGAAGAACGUCCCUGCGACCUUCAACAGAUGCGUCACGCAUCUAUUGCGCUCGGUGGGCGACUUCGCCGAUCUUGGCUUGUGUGACGCAUCCGAUUUUGCGAUCGGAUGUGCGUUAAUGCAACCCGAUCACGAGGGUCGUGAUCGAGUCGUCUACUACCAGUCGCGUCAGCUGAAGCAAGCUGAUAGAAACUACCCUGUGCAUGACAAAGAACUUUUUGCCAUGAAGUAUGCACUCGCGAAGUUCCGAGUGUUGAAUGUCGUCGCGGACGCAUUGUCGCGACGACCGGAUUAUGCUGUCAAGACAGCCGACAUCAACCAAAUUUACGUCGCUCGGAGAUAUACACUGUCGUCGUCCUUGUUGGAUGAGGUGAAGGCUGCGGAUGACGCAGACGCAGACGCGAAGCAGCUGAUCGAGUUCCUCUUAGCUCCUUCCGACAAAGCAUGUCGGAAGUUGGCCCCUCGUCUACGAGCGAGUGCACACCGGUAUCGUGUGUACGACGGUCUACUGCUUUACAGCGCUGUAGACGACAAUGCGGAACACAUUGUCGUGCCAAAUGAUCCUGACCUGCGCAGCAGGAUCAUGUACGAGUAUCACGAUACGGCACGUCUGUUCGUCGAAAUGGUGUUCAAGCACCAUGGCAUGUCCACCGAUAUUGUGUCGGACCGCGAUCCGCGCUUCACGGCGCAUUUCUGGCAAGAAGUGUUCACACUUCUUGGAACACGGUUCUCUAUGUUGACUGCGGAUCAUCCGCAGACGGACGGGCAAACCGAGCACGUGAACCGCGUGCUCGUGGGCUUGCUGAAAAGCUACACCCAGUCGUUCCACAACUGGAGCGACUACAUGCCGAUGGCUGAGUUUGCCAUCAACAACGCGGUGCAUGCCUCGACUGGGCAUACACCGUUCUUCGUGAACGCCAUGCGGCAUCCACGCCUUCCGAGCACGCUCGGGGCGGUGGUGGCUUCCUCCUUAAGUGGGGGGUCUACGGUUGCGUCCGAACAACCGCAGAAGACAGCUGAAACGGAUAUAUCAGCUGCGACAACACGUGCGAGAGCGAGAGCCCGCACACGUCAAGGCGACGUGUCAGUGCCGGGCACUGACACUGUAAAGCUGCUCCGACCAAGGACAACGUGUCUGUGCGGGGCACAGACACCGAGAGGACUCACGCACAGGCCGGGCCUAUUCACCGCACUGGCUGGGCCUGUUGCGAACACACACGAAGUGUCAGUGCCGGGCGCUGACACCCAAAAGAGCCACGCACAGUCUGGGACUGAUGCGACUACAAAUGGCGAGUCUGUGCAGACCACAGACGCGGACAAGACCAACGAGCCGGACCCGGGGUUCAGCUCUCAAGCAAUGGACUUUGUCCAGGAACGACAAGCAGUCGUUCGAUUUGUACAAGAUGCAAUUGCAGCUUCUGCGGAUAGGCAGAAACUGAACGCAGACAAUGUUGGCAGGGGUAAUACAACUGAAUUCAAAAUUGGUCCAUUGGUUUUGUUAGCUACGCAAAACUUGCCUACUCAUGCAGUUUCUGGAUUCGGAGCAAGCAAGCUUGCCCCGCGCUUCAUCGGACCGUUCAUGGUGACAAAACGUCACGGCAAUGCAUACAGGUUGGAACUUCCUUCCGACAUGAGACUCCACCCAACGUUCUAC